AUGGAAGAAUCAGCCACAGCAGCGCGCACCGCAUUGGGAGUGCUUCCGGCUGGAUUGGAGGCAUACCACUGCGCCUACGAGGAUGUCAUUGAGCGGAUUGAAGGACACAUUGCGGACCAAGUCGAGGUUGCAAGCAGGUUCUCCCGUGGAUACGUGCAUUUGAGCAUGCUCGAACUCAAGGACACUAUGGUCGUAGCUGUCAGGCAGACGGGAUUCGACUUCGAGAACCCCUUCCUGGUAGAAGAUCUCGUCGCGUCAUGCGCAGGUCUGGUCACCAUCGACGACAAUUGCUUAACCGUUCGCUUGGUAAACUACACGACGCAACAGUACUUCGAAAAAACUCACACCCAUAAGCUUCCUUCAAAGUGGCAAUCACGUUAA